AUGUUGGCACAGGGAACUGACUUGGUUGCAUCUGUGAAGGGAAGCAAGAUAUACUUGUACACGCUUUCGUCUGGUAUGAGUCUAGUCACAUGCAUUAAAGGCAAGCUGCAGAUUACAGCUGUUUCCUGCUCUUUAAAUGACUCUUUUGUUCUGAUUGGAACAAUGAAUGGACAGAUAUACUACUACAACACAAGCGAUAGAAAAGAGACUGCAGUCCUAGAAGAGUGUGAGGAGGUGACAAAGAUGUCUCUCAAGAUAACUUCCAUAUUUAUAAUGGAUGACAUAGUCUACACUACCUCAGAAAACGGCAUAAUUCGGAUACUGUCCAUAGAAACAGUGCAGAGCCAGGGAAACCAAAGCGUGCAGAACAAUAGCACAGCUGCUGAGAGUAUUGAAAAAGAGGGGUGGCUUGAAGAGAUGGAGUCACUUGGAGGAGACACUACAGAAACAGCGAGCAUGCACAACAUCAGCAGGAUGGCAGGCGGUGUGCACACUUUUAAGCCCCUGAGAGAGAUAAAGCAUAACACACCCAUCAAUAACGUAGUGGUCUUUGGGGUGAAUAUCUACAUCCUGGACAUGCGAGGAAGGGUCAUUGUGUUUCCGUCAAAAGUGGUGUAUGACAACAUAUCGUGCAUGCACUUCCGAAAGUAUCUAUUCUGUGUCGAUGGAAACACCGUUUUUGCGGAGGUGGGGCAGGUAUUUACAUCGAUAUACUUCGCAGAGAGUAAGAUAAAAGAGAUAGCAAGCACAAAAGAGGGAGGAUAUUUCUUCAUACUCACUGAGACGUCUUUGGAAAUAAUGAAGAUAAACGAGAUGGGAGGGAAAAGAGUCUUUUCGCAGAAACUGGCAAAGGAGAUCAGCAACAUUGUAGUUGACUCAAAAAGAUCGCUGAUAUACAGCAUAGUAAACAGCAAGCCAUCCAGAAUAGACCUAGAAUACGUGUGGAUAGAUCGAAAGAUGGAGAGUCUGAGGAUAGAAGGGAGCACAAUCAAGGAAGUGCGCAGAGAAGAGGAGAACGACGACCAAGGAGACGAGUACUUCGAUAUUCCGUCUGUGAAAGCUGUUAAGGACCAGGCACUCCCAUCCAUUAGGUACUCAAACACCAAGAUAAAUGCGUUUAUGAAAACAGGUGUCUUGGAUGAUGAUGGCUCGAAUGAAAAAAAAAGAGAGAAAGAAGACUCCGAGAUAGAAGAUCUAUUCAACUCAGAUGAAAAAGAGAUAUCUGAUCAUUCAGACGAUAGAGAGCCCUGCGCAGAGACCAUUCAAAAACCCAGUGAAAAUAAGAGCAGAAAACACUGCAUAGUAAACGGGAUGUGUGGUCCUGUGCUGAUAAGCAAUGGCACAGAUAAAAUGCUGUAUUGGUCUUCUGAGUGCACAAUUAGCCUUUCAGAUCGAAUAGAUUACAGCCAGAUUGAAGUGACUGUGCGAAGUACUGCAGUGGAGGUGUCCAUUCUGAAGGAAAUCAAACAAGUGCUACUUUCUGCAGCCUCGCAGCAUCUUCUGCUAGUGUAUACAGAGAAUCUGCUAAAAGUAUACAAAAGCAGUACUGGUGCAUUCACUGAAGGUGCUCUGGUUAAAAAAAUAGAGCCAAAGGCCAAAAUAGAAAGAAUGACAUGUGGAACUGAUUUCUUCUGCAUUGUAAGCGAAUGCGGGCUGCACUCUAAUGUGUCCAUCUACUCUAGGGAUCUACUGGAGAUUUUCAGUUUAGUUGGCGUGGUUAAGGGAAUAGCAUCAAGCGGUGCAUACACAGGAGUUAUUACAGAAGAGGGCGAAGGAGUCUCGGCCAGGCUGUUUAAGUAUGAGGAUGCCUCUGUGAGAUGUGUUACCAGUGCUUACUUUAACAGACUCUCCAUUGAUUUCUGUGGGAUAUCAAAUAACGGCAUUUUUGUCUUUGAGAAUUCAGGGGCUCUGUAUGCUCUUGGACUUGGCAGAAUUAUUGCACUGAGCGGAAGCAUUCCAGGCGUUCCCAUUUCUGUGGUAGCAAAUAACAUAGCGUACUUCAAAGAGAGUGAAGAUGGAUCUAUCUCCCUCUUUCCGGAAACUGUGUUCUAUGCGCCCAUCCAAAGAGAGUGUGUGCUAAACCAAAAGCUGGACAUAUACGCUGAUCUCGAGAAGGAAAUAUCGUCAUGUGAGCGCAUAAGAUAUGAGACAGGUGGAGGUAGUGCACGCGAUUAUUCGAGAAUCACCAGUGCUAGAGCAGAAGAAGAAGAGAAUAAUAUUUAUAUAAGUAAAAGACACAAGCCAAGUGCUUCAGUAGAGCAAGGUAGUUUAGAAAGCAGCCUGGUGCAGCAGGAGACAAGUAAGAGCAGGAUAGAACAUUCUCCAAUGCAUACACCUACAAAGAAAAUACGACAGACCAAUCCCUUUGCUAGAACUGGAUGA